UGGGUGUCUCCGCAGUCAUGCAGGUUUCGCGGAUCCGCGCGGCGCGUAAAAGUGAGUGGCUCAAAUGCACGCUAACGCACCACUUCAGCCCAGAUCCAUACGUGGAAAACGAGAUCGUGGUUUUGGCCACCGGUGUGGACCAGUAUCUCCAGGAGGUGUUUCAUCACCUCGCCUUUCACCAGGGUGAUGAUCUCGUCUCGGAUGAGGACUUUAAGAGUCUGUGUUUGAUUUUGGGGAUCCCCGCGAGCGCAGAGAGCACCGGCACAUCAGAGCACCAGGAUAUUUGCGAAGGACUUCCUCUUGUGCUGAACUUUAAAGAUUUCCACGAACGGCUUUGUGGGUUUUUUUCGCUAAAAGCGCAGGAAGGACAGACGGGAGUUCGACUUCCGGUCAGCGAGGAGACCGAGCACAUCGAGCGCGAGAUCAGACUCCGGUGUCCCCGCGUCCGGAGGAGAAAGUGCGUCAGCUUUGAUCUGUCUGCAGACCAACAGAACCGGAGGAGGUCAGUGAGGAGAACCGGACCCUCCCAGAACCCGCAUCCUCAGCAGAGCUCUGCUCCGGACCCCAAGAGAAGCGCUGUGGAUGUUAACCCUCAGAGGAGAUGUCAGGACCAGCUGGAGCUGGAGAAUGCCAGUCUGAGGGAGCUGGUGGAGGACUUACGUUCAGCCCUCCAGAGCAGCGACGCGCGGUGUUUGGCACUGGAGGUGGCCUUACGCCGAAAAGACGUGCCGUCCCAACAUACUGCUGGAGGAACCCCUGAAAAACAGGACGGCAAAACAAAAACACAACAAUCCAAACCCAUGGAAUGGGACUCCAGAAGAAGCACUAAAGACCUCCUGCGAGAGCUGGAACUGAUCCGUGCUUCUCGUGAUGGACAGCUGGAGGAAGCCAUGAGGUUUAACCAGAGGUUAGAGGAAGAGCUGAUGGCGGCUUAUGGAGAGAUUAGCAGGAUGCAGGAGAGGCUGGAGAGCGUCCGGACUGAGAACACACAGAUUAAGAAGAGGACAGAAGAGGUGAGACAGUCGCUGGCCGUGGGGCUGCAGGGUGUGAGGGCCUUACAAGACCAGGCUCGACAAGCUGACCUGCUCCGAAAACAAGUCCAGAGUCUGGAGAGCCAGCUGGAGAGCUUCAGGACCCAGUGCACCUGCCCUGAGCUGAAUAUGAACAAAACUGAAAUACUUUCUAAACCAUGUGAGUCUGGAUAUCCUUCCCCCAUCAGUCAUGAUGUUGCUAGAAGAGAGGAAGACCUGCAGAGGUCAGUAGAGGGUCGGGCAGCAUCCGAUGAGGAAGAGGAGGAGAGGAGCAUAGAUGAAGGACAGUGCUGCCACCUGGAGGUGAAACGUCUGAUCAACAGGUUACACAGCUGUGCCAAAGGGUGUCAGAAAACUGCUAACUGUAACUGGCUUAUCUCUCAGAGCUCGGCUCACAGCAAAGACACUAAAGCACACAUCUGGAUUCCUCAAUCGAAUGAAAUGGGAAAUCAAGAGGGAAAGAUGAAGCAGAAAGAGAUGGAGAGUUUGAGGGUUUAUCAUUCACAGCUGGAUGAGAGACUGACUGAUGCGCUUACGUUACUGCUGCAGAUACCACAUAAAAGAGUCUCUCGCAGGAUCUUGGGGAAAAUACUGAUCAACACACUAGAUCUGUGUACUAGAAAAAGCCACGACUGCACUCCAGUGGUUCUUGUGGUGGACACACUGUGCCGGCAGCUCCUCUCUAGUGACCUCCUGGAUGGAGGAGAGGAGGUCAGCACUGGGUCACGACCUUCAGGGACCUCAGGUCACCGAAACACAUCCAACCCCCUUCUGAUGUCCUGCUGAGAUUUACAGAUGUCCCACUUAAGACACUUUACAUGAGGGUACAGAUUGGCGUGCUGUUAUUUUCUACUUUUUAAGACAUUAAUUAUUACCAGAGUUAUUGUACACAUAUUUUUCAUUAAUUUAUAAGAAAUAAAUGAGUACCAAUAGAACAAAUAACCAGCUCCUUCUUAAUGUAAAAUAAAUCUGCUGCCCUAAUACCCAUAGUGAGUUACUUAUUUUUUUCUUUAAAAAAAGCAACUUUAUUUAACAUUUAUUGCUAGAAAAUAUUAAACACACCACAAAUCAGGGGGCUUAAAUCUACUUUUAUCUUAUCUGACUUAACACAAGGAGAAUUGCUUCUGUUUCUUUCCAAACAUCGGUUUUGGGUAGUUACAGGUGCUUUUUCAACUCUAGCGAACCAUCAACCAGUAUCUAAAGUUUUUUACCUUAUCUUGGAUCAGUUUUACAAAUUUGUAGAUAUAUUUAAUCAGGCUUUUGUGUAAUUAAAAGGAUGAGCAGUAGUUAACAGUCUCUUACUGGCACACAUAAAACAAUCCAAACAAGCCCUUAAUUGAUAAAAGAACACAUAUUGUACACAAACUUCAUAUUUAAAGGAUUAUCCCACCCCAAAAUGAACAUUUUGUCAUUAAUCACUUACCCCCAUGUCAUUUCAAACCCAUAAAAAUCAUUUUGGGGUGGAGUAUCCCUUUAAUAGUAUUAAAUUAUUCGUUAAUUACAAUAAAUAGAUGAUAGUUUCAAUGAAACAUUUUUUUGGAAAGCUUUUAAGCGUGUUUGGCUUGAGUUUUGUUGCAUUUACACGUUCUGACCAGCAGGCGUCACCAGCGUGUGUUAUUUCAGAAGCUUCGAAACAGUGAAUCGUUUUGCAAAACAAUUAGAUCAGUUGAUUUAAAGCUUUGUGUUUCUCCCUUCGCAACAAGUUGGUAUGUAGUACAUUAAGUAAGUUUGGUGAGUGGCUACUAAAUUCUGUGAAAUGGGAGGACUGCUUUACAGCAGCAACAAAUGCAUGUGUACAGCCGAAGACUUUUAAUAUACUAUUAAUUGACAAUAUAGUAUAUGACUUUCCUUGAAAGUACCGUGGUACAGCUGUCCAGCGUUUUCACAACAGUCAAUUCCUCUCACCUAACUGUUGGGGCUUCAAGUUCCAAAAAUACAUAGGCUAUAGUUGCUUUAACUUAAACUCUGCAGACCCGGUACCGGUCCGAAAAUAGCAUGCCAGAUGUUUGUGUCUCAUUUGCAUAGCCUUCCUUAUAUGGUAUAUGCCCAUAAAUGGGUUCAUUUGAAAGCUUAGAGUGUUUUCUUUACAAAGAAUACCAUUAAUUGGGGUUUUAUGAUACAUAAAGUAGUCAAAUUAAGCUAAGAAAUAUAUCCCCCCCCCCCAUAAAUUUCCAUCUAACGAUUGCGAAUACGUUUUCAUAAGAAUGUGUAUUUAAAAUAGUUUUCACAAAACAGUCAAGUCA